GUGAACAUGAAGGGGAUUUGCUUAAUUUUCACCCUGAUUCUAAUACACGUGGCUUCGACCUGGGCUUCACUAGAUGCAGUUGAUGAAGUUCGAGUUAUGAACGUGGAAUCCCAAAGGAUAUUUCGAUCCAGGAGGGCCUUACCAUGUGCGAAGAAGAGCUGUGACAGCUGGUGCCGGAGAUUGGAUCAUCCAGGCGGAGAAUGUGUAACAAAGUGGAAAUGCUCCUGUAAUUGGAUGCAGAUUGACAAAUAAUAAUAUUUCUCUAUCUCUCAUCAGAACAAUAC